AUGGCGGAAGUCACCCUCCCUAACUCUCUUCGGGAGAAAAUGCUCAGAGAUGAGGUGGCAUACACACUUUCAGUCAAGCUUGUACGCAGCGUCGAGUUGCCAAUGAUGGCAAAGACUGCUGGGUUCGAUGGUAUCUUGAUUGAUAUGGAGCAUUCAUCUUUCGACCUAGACACCACAAGCCAAAUAUGCAUUGCUGCACUCUAUGCAGGUAUUGCACCCAUCGUCCGUGUGCCCUCCAAAGAUUCAUGGUUCAUCGCGAGAGUACUCGACGGUGGCGCGCUUGGUGUCAUUGUACCUCACAUACGGUCCGUUCAGGAUGCCAAAGACGUCGUCGCCGCUGCCAAGUUCCAGCCACAAGGCCACCGAUCUUCUGUCAACAACUUACCCCACUUCCAAUAUCGUCACAUUGCGGCGAAGAAGACAAAUCCUGUAGUCAACACCAACACAUUAGUCAUUCCCAUGGUGGAGACCCUAGAGGCCGUCGAGUGUGUUGAAGAGCUUGCGGCUCUUGAUGGCGUUGACUCACUACUUAUCGGCACCAACGACAUGACAGCUGAGAUGGGCAUUCCGGGCGAGUAUGAUAACCCAAGAUUGACUGAAGUGUACGAGAAGACAAUCAAUGCAUGCAGGAAGCAUGGAAAGUAUGUCGGAAUUGGAGGAUUGCAUUCAAGGCUGGAUCUUGUAGAGAAGUUUUGCGCAAUGGGAGCCAGGUGGGUCAUGGCAGCCACAGAUGGCCCACUGCUACUUGGAGGUGCUACAAAGAGAGCAGGAGAGAUGGCACAACUAAGCCAAAGGGUCAAGACUUCAAGUUCGGCCGCAGACGUCAAGGCAACCAAGAGCAAUGGUGUGAGUAAUGGCGUAAGUAACGGUGUUUCAGAGAAGCUGAACAGCAAUGCUAUUCAGAUAGCGGAGGUUCCAGUAGAUGGCCAUUAGAUGUCGAGAGAAAUUCAAGUCGUAGUGUCUCCAAUGGCUGAACCUUCGUGAAUUGUGCCACUCGUAUUUGCCUUAAUACUCGUAAGAUGCAUGUUGGAGUAUCGUGUAGUCCUGUAGCCUAUAUCGUCCCUAAACAAGGGGGUUUUUUUCUUUAAAAAAAGGUCACUUAGUUAAAGAUAGCCUGGAGGUUUAUUUGCCACAGCAUCCCCCACAUGAUGAAACUAUGUCCGGCCAAGCUUUGCAAUGACGAAAGAAAGCUCAGGUUCAAGGUGUGAAUCCCCUCAAA